AUGAGCAACGAAGAGACCCAAGGUGCCUCUGGAGAGGACCAAGAACCUACAUUAUAUCACAUGGGCCUACCCGGACCUUUCCUGGUAGUCGGACAGUCGCUCCGACUUGUUGGCGCAAUCAAUGCCCAAGGGGAUUUCAGGAGCCUGGCUCUGCAAACUCGUUAUGGGCUGCCAAGUCAUGACCAGAAGGUCAGUAUCUGUGAACUAACGGAUGGUGCUCAACAGUUCGUACUUGUUGAGGGAGGAGACGAGGCCUUGAAGAUGGUCUUGCUCGCUCAUGAAGCUGCGGCAAGGUUCUGCUGCGCUGUGGGGUCUCCGUCCUUGGUGUACGAUGUGAUCGUGGAGGAUGAACGAGACGAGCGCUCUUGA